AUGCGUAUCCACCGUUGUUCUAGACACCGCACUCUUCACGGCCCUCCCCCAUCUACUCCAAAGGGAUUUUGGGAUUUGGAUAUUUCUGAUGACGAACCCCACAAUCCGACAGAGGAGGAAGAAAAAAAACUAAUCGUCGGUCACAACCGUUCAACACGUCGGAGACUGGCUCAACUUUCGAAAUCAUCCGGCACAUCCACAGCUAGUUCAGUUUGA